GUUCAUUUAAGAUGGCGUCAUUUCCGGGGACGGCUGCGCGGCGUGAUGGCUCCGCGCGGUUUAUGAAGAAAUUACAGUUUAUUUUUGUGUUUAGAUAGCGAACGUUAAUUGUUUAAACUGUAGGAUAUUGUUCAAGCAACUAGUGAUAUUGAAAUGGGCAAGCCAGAAUUUAAUGGCGGUCGUGGCGGCGGUGGCCGCGGUGGGUUCGGCGGCGGCAGAGGCCGAGGCGGCGGAGACAGAGGAGGCCGAGGUGGUCGCGGCGGUUUCGGAGGCCGAGGGGGCGGAGGCGGCGGCGGCAGGGGAGGCUUCGGAGGCCGAGGUGGCGGCCGUGGAGGAGGUCGUGGCCGUGGUGGUCCCGGCGGUGGCCGCGGGAGAGGAGGAGGCGGCUUCAAGGGAGGCAAACAAGUUAUUAUUGAACCCCACAGACAUCCCGGAGUAUUCAUUGCGAGAGGCAAAGAAGAUGCAUUGGUUACAAAGAAUUUAGUGCCUGGAUCAGAAGUAUAUGGAGAAAAGAGAAUAUCCGUUGAGAAUGAAGGAGAAAAGGUGGAAUACAGAGUAUGGAAUCCUUUCCGAUCAAAGUUAGCAGCGGCUAUCAUGGGUGGAGUGGAUGCUAUUCACAUGCCUCCCGGCUCCAGGGUGCUGUAUCUUGGAGCUGCCAGUGGAACCACCGUCAGUCAUGUUUCAGAUGUUGUCGGACCGGAAGGUCUAGUAUAUGCUGUGGAGUUCUCGCACAGAUCAGGCCGGGACCUUAUAAAUGUAGCCAAGAAGAGAACCAAUAUUAUCCCCAUUAUUGAAGAUGCUAGACAUCCACUUAAAUACAGAAUGUUGGUCGGUAUGGUUGACUGUAUAUUUGCCGACGUGGCCCAGCCUGAUCAGGCUAGGAUAGUCAGUUUGAACGCACAACACUUCUUGAAGAACGGAGGACACUUUGUUAUUUCUAUUAAGGCUUCCUGCAUAGAUUCGACAGCGCAGCCCGAGGCCGUAUUCGCAGCUGAAGUGAAGAAACUACAAGCUGACAAACUAAAACCCCAAGAACAGUUGACUUUGGAGCCCUACGAGAGAGACCACGCCGUCGUAGUCGGCAUAUUUAGGGCUCCCUCGAAAAAAGCAUAGAAAAUAAACUCUUUUAUAAGUUGACCUAAGUUUAAGUGUCUGAUUUUUAACAAGGCUUCAUAUUAUAACGUUUAAAUCAACAAUAAUUUCGGUAUUUGUAUAGAAUUGUCAUUAAAACAAGUAAAUGCUGCUAGAAGCCAAUAUACCUCAUUCCUGCACACAAUUUAAAGAAAUAUUUUUGUAUGAUAAGCUCUGAGUUAUCAAAGUAUUAGUUUGUAAGUUACAUACGAGUCGUGUAUGUUAUAGUUAAGUGUUGGAUGAAAUAUAUGAUGGUGCGAAUGACUAUA